CGUGAUCGAGACAAGGAUCGUGAUAAAGAACGUGACAAAGAGCGCGACAAGGAUAGGGAUCGUGAGAAAGACAGGGAACGCGAACGUGGAACAGAGCGAUCUGAGCGCAGCAGACGGCAUAGAUCGCGAAGUGGAAGCCCUGAUACUCGGAAGAGGCGUGAAGAGCGCGACAAGGACAAGAAACGAGACCGACGUGAUGACGACUCUGAAAAGAAGAAGCGGCGACAUGACAAAGAUGACGAUGAACGUCGCGAAAGACGUGAUGAACGACGAGAAAAGAGAUCUAGACGUGAGGAACGUGAGAUCAAAGAGGAACGUGAGGACCGCGAACCAGGGACCAGGGAUAAGGACCGAGAGAAAGAUAGGGAUAGGGACAGGGAACGGGAAGAUCGUGACAAAGACCGCCCAGUCGAAAUCAAACAAGAAGUAAUGGAAACAAGUGGCAGCGGUGAACCACCCCCACCGGGUGUAGACAUGCCACCUAAUGCUUAG